AUGGAGUCAUCUUUAUCUACAUCGGGAAAUGAAUUCCCACCAAUUGCUCGUCGAUUCAUUCUCAACAAGAAGUCUUGUUCAACCGCCGGAACGAGUACGGUUUCUAUAUCUCAGGAUUUCGACGAUACAAAACCACCUACUGAAGAGAGGGUAUUUUCUGCAUCACGAAGCAACGCUGAAGCUGUUGAUGAUAAACAAAUAGUUGGUUCCACCGCAGCCCUUGUUAGCCGUGUGUUGUGCCCUCAGCCUGCGGUAUCCUAUUACUGCAACCUCUGCCUUCGUUUACGGAGCGUCACCGCAGAGAGACUCAGAGCACCAGUAGAGAAGCAACCAUUCCCACCUGUCAACGGGUCCUGUAAAAUUAGAAAUGGACGCCCACCAUGUUUGGGGCUUAAGACUAAAGUUGUCCUUUCACGAGUGAGAGUGUUUUUCGAGGAACUCAAAAAUCAGCUGGGGCACACGUGUCGUGGAACACUUCUUAACUCACCAACACAAAUGGCAGCUUUAGCAUGUGGCGUUUCAAGGCAUUUAGUGAGAAGGGCAGCGCAGGAAAGCAGCGAUUUAUAUAAGUGUCCUCGUAGAUUAUUUGAGUCUCCUCCCCCGCCCAAAAAAAGGCCAGAAAAAGACGAGAACACCACACAGAUGAUGUCUCUUAAAAAAUAUGGGGAGGAAUGGGGAGAGGUGGUCCGCCAUUUCGCCCUGAACGAAUUGAAGUCGGAUAUGAAUUUGACUGUAGAUGAUCUGCGAAACAGGCUCUGUACCGCUUAUGCUGGUUUUCCGAUCUCUUCGUCAACAUUGUACGAUUUUUUAAAAAUGCUAGGUUUUUCUUAUAGAUUAGAAGAAGGCAUAAGUUAUAUUAUUUUUACAGCUAACGAAAUUAAGAAUGAGGAUCUGUAG